CUGAAAAGCUUUUCAGUAAAUGCACUCAUGCUACUACAGGAGCUUCUCUCAGCAAUAAGCCACCCAUCUGCCAUCAACAAGUUAGGACUAAAGGAAGCCACAGCUGCGGAAAAGGAAAACGUGAGCUUCAAUUAACCAGCUGAGCAGCCACAGAGGACGAAAACUUGUAUUAAGAUUUAAAAAUUGCAGACCUGUCAGAGGAGAUCAAGGCAGCAAUUUCAAAAGGAAUAUUCCAAGAGAGCAUCGUGGAUUUUGCACUAAUAUCAAAGGACACUAAACCCAGUCAAUUAUUCAAGGCUGUCUUACAUUAGAGCCUUUCACAGACUCACGGCGUUGAGUCUCAAACUACGACUGAAUGCACCCUCCAAUGUACUCAAAAGAAUGGUUAUCCUCUCUGCACCCCGAGCUCUUCUACGGCCUUCGCAAGCUACAGACCUUGCACUUGCGAUCCAACUCCCUGCGGACCAUCCCAGUCCGCCUGUUCUGGGACUGUCGUAGCCUGGAAUUCCUGGAUUUGAGCACAAACCGCUUGCGAAGUUUGGCUCGCAAUGGAUUUGCGGGAUUAAUCAAGCUGAGGGAGCUUCACCUAGAGCACAACCAGCUGACAAAGAUUAAUUUUGCUCACUUCCUCCGGCUGAGCAGCCUGCACACGCUCUUCUUGCAGUGGAACAAAAUUAGCAACUUGACAUGUGGGAUGGAGUGGACCUGGGGCACCUUAACAAAGCUCGAUUUGACUGGAAACGAAAUCAAAGCCAUUGACCUCACUGUCUUUGAAACUAUGCCUAACCUUAAAACCCUCCUCAUGGAUAACAACAAGCUCACCACUCUGGAUUCCAAGAUCCUGAGCUCGCUGACAUCCCUCACCACCGUGGGCCUCUCCGGCAAUCUGUGGGAAUGCAGCCCAAAGAUCUGCUCCUUGGCCACAUGGUUGAGUGGCUUCCAAGGUCGGUGGGAGCACGCCAUCCUCUGUCACAGUCCCGACCACACCCAGGGAGAGGAUAUUCUAGACGCAGUGUAUGGCUUUCAGCUUUGCUGGAAUUUAUCGACUGUGGUUACCCCUGUGGCUACGACGUCGUACACAGCUCCAACUACCGAGUACACGAAAAGAAUAAGCUCUUCUCAUUUCCAUGUGGGAGACAAAGAGAUUCCAACUACAGCAGGCAUGGUCGUUACCACUGAAGAACAGUUCCCUGAGCCAAACAAUGCCAUCUUCACUCAGAGGGUAAUUACAGGAACAAUGGCUUUAUUGUUUUCUUUCUUUUUUAUCAUUUUUAUAGUGUUCAUCUCCAGGAAGUGCUGCCCUCCCACACUAAGAAGAAUUAGGCAGUGCUCAAUGAUUCAAAACCACAGGCAGCUCCGAUCCCAAACGCGGCUGCAUAUGGCCAAUAUGUCAGACCAAGGACCCUAUAACGAGUAUGAACCCACCCACGAAGGACCCUUCAUCAUCAUCAAUGGCUACGGACAGUGCAAGUGCCAGCAGCUGCCCUAUAAAGAAUGUGAAGUAUAAUACCUACAGCCCAUCACAAAGUAAAUCAGAUAAGUAACCUACUUUAAAAUUGUAGGGACCUACAUCAGAUUCUAAUUUUUACAAAUGUUGACAUAAAGCCUAAUUUUCCAAGCUACUUAAUGGAAACAUUGUUUAUGGAGUGGUGCAGUAUUUUUAAGUUUUUUAAAAAAUAAAUCCAUAAUAUUUUCAGUGUUAAAGAAGCAAUGAUUACAUUCAACUUGCACUCCUAAUGUUUAAAAGUCUAAAAGAGAUGCUCACCUCAAACUAUGUAAAAUGUUUCAUGUUAUGUAAUUAUAUGACUGUGUGUAAACAUUUAUACCCGAGUCUCCAUAUUCUACUUUUUCUACUGCAAACAGUCUUAGGGGAAGGAGACUGGAUAUCUGUGCAGGGAUCUGUGGGGGACGUGCGCUCUGUUUGCUCCACUGCAGCUGGAGGAUCCCAAACACUGCAGCUGGCUCCAGGCACUUUAAGGGCAGCCCAGGAGGAAGAUCUUCCUCCUCUGAGCAUUUCACUC